AAGGUGUCACCCAGUAGCUGCGUCCGUGGAGACUUUUUCUUCCUUUCGUAGUUUCUUUCCUAAUUGCGCGGUCAGCCUGAACGCCGGUGUGGUAUUGGGUGAAAAAGUGACGAGGGGUCGUCAGGGAGGAGGUGUCUGAGAAGGUGUCUUCUCGGGUAUAUAUAAGGGGAGCCGCCACGUUUGGAAGAAGCAUCGCUCGAUCUUCAGUACCAUCGCACCUUCCGUGACGUAACCGAGUACUUCGUUCGGCCAAAUCAAAAUGAAGUCCAUGAUCCUUGUCUUCACCGUUUUGGCCGCCUGUUGCGCCGUGUCGGUUCGUGCCGGAGCCGUUGCACCACUCGUGGCCCCUGCACCGGCGGUUGCAGCCCCUGUGUUGGCCGCCCCUGCUCCCGUUUUGGCGGCGCCCUCUGCCGUCUCGUACCAGUACUCGCACAAGGUGCAUCAUCCUGUGGUUGCAGCCUACCCGUACGUCGCGCCACUGCCUUACAUCGCGGGCUGAGGAAUGCUGUGAUGAAAAGCCUCGUCAACUGUAACAACGUCCACAAAUCUUUAACGGAGUAUCAAUAAAAUGACUCUUUACUGACUUCCAAA